AUGGACGAAAUUCUAAGCAUUCGAUCAGGUAUCGCAUUCGAUGAGUCUAUUGCUCAUUACGAACAAGAUCUAUGUUUCUUACCAUCGCGCAGCUCUAUCCAUAUAUGUGGAAAGUUGCAAGUAAAAGGGGGAUCAGCAGCACUUGCUAAAACUAAAUUUGUUAACAAUGCCAUUUGUCAUCCGUUUGAUAAAAUUCGUUAUGAGAUUAAUGCUGUGGAGAUAGAUAAAAGUAAAAAUGUUGGUCUGAGCAGUAUUAUGAAAGGAUUGAUUUCAUUUAAUUUGAAUCAGAAUGAUAUGCUGGAGAAUGCAGGCUGGCUUGGUAUUCAAGACAAUAUCAAAUCGGUCGUAGAUGACAAGGGAAAUUUUGACGUUGUGAUUCCGCUGAGUAUGAUCUUGGGUACUAUAGCAUCUGGUGUAACUACUUAUGAAGAUUACGAAGUAAAAGUAUCAAAGAUAGAGUGGUUGAUGCCAUAUGUUGUUGCAUCUGAUAAACAACAAAUCCAGCUAUUGAAUUUCAUUGGUAAAGAUAAUCCUAUCUCCAUGUGUUUCCGUUCUUGGGAGUUAUUUGAAUAUCCUCUUCUCCCAAGCACUACUAAACACGUCUGGACAGUGAAAACAUCAAAUCAAUUGGAAAAACCUCGUUUUGUGAUUCUUGGACUGCAUACAAAGAGAAUAUCAUUGAGAACUGCAAACGCCAGUCGAUUUGACCAUUCACUCGUAGUUAUUGACUGUUCACGACAAAACGAAUCUCCCAAGAGCGCUCCUGUCGAUGUAUGUCUGGAGUUUGAGGCUAAGAAAGAUUUUCCUGCUAACACUUCAGCCUACUGUCUGAUCUUACACGAUCGCAUCGUUCAGUACAAUCCUAUUAGUGGAGAUGUCAAGAAGCUCGUCUAA